AUGCCUCUGAACGAGAUGCGUUGGAAGGUAGCAUGCUUGUUCUUGAUGGCAGCAGCGACAUGCCAUGCUGGACAAGUUGUAGAUGUCGAUGGCGGUUCGACAGUGUUCAUGAUGAACACAACCAAUCCGUUUCAUCCGUCGAAGAGCUUGUCCUUUGCUCAUGUUCUCUUCGUUGGGUUUGAUCUCACCUACGCGGAUACUGCUGGUCUCCGUGGAUACAUAGCUCAGGACAUCGCGCAACUUGGCAGGUACUAUGCCAAGACCAAGUUCGGCUGCAUCACGCAGUGCGACUCGCAAGACUUCAAUGGAAUCGAUGGCAUUCUGGGUUUGGGGAUGCCGGAUGCAGCCUUGGCAUCCAUCCCUGAGCCUCUCUUCUUCGCCAUCAGUGACGAGACGGGGGAUCCAGCCAACCAGUACAUCUUGAAUCGCAGGAUCUUCACGCUCGUGAGCACAGACGAGGCGGCUGAGCUCCACCUGGGAGGUUACGACCCGCAUGCUGUCACUGAAGAUAUGAAGUACUUUCGGACGACCUCGCAAGCGGAGUACAGCGUUCCUGUCUCCUCGAUUUCGAUGGGUGGCCAUGAGUUCUUGAACUUUGCGUCAGCAGCACAAGCUAAGGGAAGGACGAGCAUUCCAGGCAUUCUAGACUCUGGGACGUCUUGUCUUGUUGUUCCUGACAGCACCUUGGAUGGUCUAUUUCUGGAGUCGCCGUACCAAAGGUUCAUGAACUACAUGCAGCGGGGGCUUUCGAUCUACAUCACAGUAGCAGAUCAUCAGGGAGUUCUGCUCGGGGAUGCUCUCUUCCGCAGUCUCGUCGUACUGUUCGAUCUCACGCAUCCUCUCACGUGCUCGCAUGUGAACGACUUCAAAGGUUGUGUGGCGGAAAGCCAUCCACGACGCUUCUCCAAGAUGAGGUUGGCAAAGAAGAGGGGAAGGGGUCAAGGAUCUCCGUACUUGCGCAAGGCUACCAAGCAGCUUGCAUGGCUGCAGAAGAAAGCCAUGUCCAAGGUCCCUGUGGACUUCUACGAGCAGACUCAGUUCUUCGUCAACGUCUCUUUGGGAACUCCCCGGCAGACUCGAACUGUCAUCCUUGACACGGGCAGCAGUGUCUUCGGUGUCUUCUGCGACCCUCCUCCCAAGCGAGGAGAGGCAACGAAUAGCCACAUCUACCUCCCUCACUUCAUCCCCGCCAGCUUCCUACAGACAGGUGUGUCGGUCUCGAGGAAAGUUUCUCCUGAGCACGAGGAGGGAGUUGAGAGCUUGACCGCUGUUGUUGCUCUCCUUGUCAUUGCCAAUGUCGUCAUGUUUAUGUUGAGAACGUCCCGAAGGCGAGAGCAAGACUCAGUCACUCCACGGGGAUUCGAAGAAGCAUGA